AUGAUCAACGCAAGCUUGUCUAGCUCUGAAGCUGAUGGUCCCUUAACCACAGCGGACAUCGUAUUUGCGGUGAUUUACUCGCUGAUCGUUCUUCCAGGUAUUGUGGGAAACUCCAUCAUUAUAACAAUUGUGUGGAAAAACUCUUCAAUGCACACAACUACAAACUAUCUGCUGAUGAAUUUGGCUGUGGCCGACCUGAUCACAUUGUUACUCUGUCCCGGUUUGUACGAUUUUGUCAUUACGAAAGUUCACCUACAGGGUAUCACCGGAGACUUGAUCUGCAAGUUGUUUGUGGGAAAUGCUAUUGUUCCUAUAACCAUAAACGUAGGCGUGCUUACAGUCUCUACCAUCGCCGUGGAGAGAUAUAUGGCGCUUGUGAAACCGUUUCGCAAUGCAAAGCUGACUAAAGAAUCUGUGAAGUAUGUUAUAGCAGUUCUGUGGCUGUUAGCUCUACUAUCGUGCAUACCAGAUAUUCAAGCCAAUACAUACAACAUCUCUUCAACCAAAUAUCCUUGCAAGCGCCCCUGGAGUUUGGAUGAGUAUUUCCUUCACAAACCCUUCAUCAUCUUCACCUGUGCUGGGUUUGGCCUCAUGAGUUCCUCGAUACUCAUCUUCUGUUAUUUUGAAAUCAUUCGUGGAUUGUACUUCACCAGAACAAUUUGCUCGGAAUCGACAUGCAAUGUUGAAGAAAAGAAAGCGAAGAAACAAUUAGCUCGUCUUGUAAUAUGGUUGGCAAUCGUCUUUGCUGCGUGUUCCCUGCCAUUCUCCGUAUAUUUCAUUUUCUUGGUAUCGGCCGACAGAAAAACUGUCGAGGAGAACUACGAUGUUUUGUUUGAACUUCACAGAACCUCUCGGGUUUUACUGUUUUCAAACUCUUUCUUCAACCCCUUGUUAUAUGCCUUACAGAGUUCCAAUUAUCGAGACGGAUUUAAGUUAAUUUGUAAUGUCAAUUCUGGAAUGCCUUGUUGCAAGCGUACAAAUGCUGUGAGAAGUUUAAGCCUAACUCAAAGAGGGGAGACUUUACACCCAUCCCAAGGAGUUUUUGUCAAAAAGGAGAUGGCGGUUUAA